ACUUUUUGAAAACACAUGACCUGUCUACCUGUAUAAAUUGUGAGGCUCUGGUAAUAGUGAGACGAAUUACGAAGACCCACAACGUCGUCAUUAUGUCGUCUCUCCUCUGGUUCACCUUCACCUUCAUGGUGCUCUGUGCAGUGCACUGUUACCCCUCUGAGCAAAUUUCAUCUGGCAUUUCUGCUGAACAGGAGGAGGACCCAGUCAAUGACAACAGUCUGAAAGAAGAGGAAAAUGAUAUCUCAACUUUACUUGAGAAAGCGAACAAGUAUGUGGACAACAGUCUGAAAGAAGAGGAAAGUGAUGUCUCAACUUUAAUUGAGAAAGCAAACAAGUAUGUGGGACAAGAACUGGAUGAGCCAACUGUCAUUGGGGACAUCGCUGUUCCUGCUGAUCUUGGGAAUGCUGACCCUUGCACAUCUCGUGGAUGCAAGUGGGAAAAAUCUUCAGACGGGACUGUUUAUGUGCCCUAUGUAAUCGCCAAUCAGUAUUCAUCGCGGGAAAGAUACAUCAUUGAGCGUGGGCUGCACUCCUUUCCAUCCUACACCUGCGUCCGUUUCAAGCCACACACAACGGAGAGAGACUUCGUGCACAUCCAGUCUCGCGGAGGGUGUUACUCUUAUGUGGGCCGACGGGGUGGUGGCCAGGUGGUGUCUCUGAAUCGCCAGGGCUGCAUCUAUCACGGGGUUGUCCAGCAUGAACUCCUGCACGCCCUAGGAUUCAACCACGAGCAGACACGCAGCGAUCGUGAUGAGCAUGUUCGUAUCCUGUUUGAGAACAUCAUCCAAGGUCAGGAGUACAAUUUCAGGAAAAUCCAUACCAACAACCUAGGGACCCCAUAUGACUACAGCUCUGUCAUGCACUAUGGGAGGGACGCCUUCUCCAAAAAUGGGCAGCCAACUAUUGUGCCCAUUCCAGACAGUAAUGUGGAAAUUGGAAAAGCGAUAGAAAUGAGUCGCUAUGACGUUAUGAGGAUUAAUAGGCUCUAUGAGUGUGGAAGAUCCGGGUAAUUCAAGACUGGUAUCUCACAAACGUCUCACAAAUGAAGAUUUCCUUCCUUUUUUUUUUUGUUUGUUGUUUGGAAAGGAAAUAUAACGCUUACGCUCAUUGCAAUUAAAAAAAAAAAAAAAAAAAUUAUAUAUAUAUAUAUAUAUAUAUGUAAGCUUACUUUAUCAAAACAUUCUUUAAAACCUCUCAGUGCAUGCCAUAAAUAAAAAGAUAAUAUGUUGUUACACAUCAGAACUACAGUAUGUUAAAAAAUUCUGCAUUGUCAAUAAAGCAACAUAUCUACAUUGCAAAA